CACGUGGGAUUGUAGGUGCCUCUCUUGGAGGGUGAGACCGCUGUCAGUCUCUAAAUUUCCACUGCAACGCUGACCUGCAAAUUUGUAAGAAGGGAAUCUGGGGCGAAUCUGCUCUUCGAAAAGUGUCAAAGGGCUCACACCCAGAAACCCACGCUGCCUAUUGCAUCAUAAUACUACAGUAUAUUACAACAAGAGAUCAGGCGAACGAAGAAGAGAACAGUGGAAUUAAAGACGCGAGGAUCUUAACCUGCGUUUGAAGAGCAGCAGACUCCACUGGAAAUGGCCAUUAAUGAGCUGACGUCGAGAGCAGUCCUGCUGUACGACGAGUGGAUUAAAGAUGCUGACCCCAGAACUGCAGACUGGCCCCUCAUGUCCUCUCCUCUGCCACAGAUACUCCUUAUCGGAGCUUACAUUUACUUUGUGACCUCACUGGGACCAAAGUUGAUGGAAAAUCGGAAACCGUUCGACCUCAAACAGAUCAUGAUUGUCUACAACUUCGGCAUCGUGGCAUUUUCUAUAUACAUGUGUUAUGAAUUUCUUAUGGCUGGCUGGGCGACAGGCUAUUCAUUCCACUGUGACAUUGUGGAUUACACAAGCUCACCUAAAGGCCUAAGGAUGGCAUGGACCUGCUGGCUUUAUUACUUUUCAAAGUUUAUUGAGUUACUAGAUACAGUCUUUUUUGUACUCCGAAAAAAGAACAGCCAGAUCACGUUUCUCCAUGUCUAUCACCACUCCAUUAUGCCGUUCACCUGGUGGUUUGGAGUCAAAUUUGCUGCAGGUGGACUGGGGACGUUCCAUGCUCUUUUAAAUUCCAUUGUCCAUGUUAUCAUGUACUCCUAUUAUGGAUUGUCUGCUAUGGGACCAGCCUAUCAGAAGUACUUAUGGUGGAAAAAGCACAUGACUACCAUUCAGCUUGCCCAGUUCAUCCUGGUCACAGUCCACAUUAGUCAGUUCUUUUUCAUGAAAGAUUGCUCCUACCAGUAUCCUGUCUUCCUCUACAUCAUUUGUCUGUAUGGAUGCAUCUUUCUACUGCUGUUCCUCAACUUCUGGUACCAUGCGUAUACCAAAGGCCAGAGGCUACCAAAAGCUGUGAAGAAUGGACUAAACAAUAACAAAGAACAGUGAAGACCUGGAAUGCAAAUCUGUCCUUUCUGCUAGCGACAAUCUUCAGUGAUAUUCACAGAGGGGGGAAUAAACGUACACAGUGUAAAUUUAUACAUUUUUCUAAAGUAUUUGAUUAUAACUUUUUAUAUCUUGAAAAAUAUUGAAAAUGAAUAUGCUGAUGUUACCAAAGUAUAUAACCUGACAGUUUUGUAUCCCUGCUUGGUAUAACUGUUUAAAUCUGUGAGAAGUCAUUUAGGUUUUAAGCCAAAUUCUUGUCUUCAUGAACUACACAAGAUGGUAACCAAAAGCACUUUAUGAGGUGCUAUAAGCAGCCCUUGUAUCAGGGUCCUUGAAUGAUAACUAACACUGUUUUAAAUUAGUUAUGCUACUUAAAAGUAAUUUAUUAAAAGGAAACAUGUCAUGUUUAUAACAUUUGUCAUAGUUACUUUGUAAAAGGAAACAUGUUCUCUAUAUAUUUCAUUAGAAAGUUGCCUAUUUGUAUAACUACCUAAGUUAUGUUUUAAUUUAAAAACAAUAAAAUUGUAACCAUGUGUCACAAUGUUCUUUAAUUUGGUAUGUGUGACACAUCUUUGAAGCAUGUACACAUUCCACAAGGAGCAAUAUUUAUAUAACUAUCUUCUAUUGGUUAUGUAAAGUUCUUUAAAGAUAUUUUCUUGAUACCCCUGAAUGACAAGGAUUGAAGCUUUUGAAAUCCAUGUUGUGAUGAAGGUAUGACUAGUUACCCAUGUUGUACUUUAAUGUUUUUCACACCACAAGUACAGUAUGAUCAUUCAGAGACACAAGAGCAAGUGGCUUAAUGUGACAUCAAAGCAGACAAGAGAAUUUAAGAUGAUUAACUUGUUCCCAUAGGAACAGGGAAUGAAUCAUUUUCUUAAUUUGCUUUCAUUUCAGAUGCAUUGAUUUGUAAUAUCCAAUACCAUAUGCUUUAAAAUUACUAUAUUAUGCUAAACAUCUGCCAAAAGUCAUAACAGUGCCCAAUGCUGGAAAACAAGUACUGUGGGGUUUCUUGCAGAAAUGUAGCAGUGGAUAGUACUUUUUCAGACGGUUGUGCCAGUGUUUCAUUAAUGAUUGCUGAUUGGACUGUAUAUAGCUCUUCCUUAGCUUUAUCGUGUUGUAAUGAAUGUCUUUUUUUUUUGUAGACAUGAACCACAGUUAAAACAAUGUGUAGAAAUUAUUAUUAUUAUUUUCAAUCUGUAUUUUGUGCCAAAAAUAAAUAUGAUUCAGAUCGUUUA